UAUUUUAAAACUUUAAUAUAAUUAAAAUUGUCAAAUAAAUUGUCCCUUUAACAACGCUUAGGCCUUAAUAGCAAGAGAGAAGGGGAAUAACUUUUAUUUUGUGUUUACAAUUAGAAAUAAAUAUGGCUCGUUUCUUUAGAGAACAAGAUAUUGAUGAAUUUCGGGAUUGUUUUUAUCUGAAUGCGCACAGCGGGCAAAUACGAAGUCUUGACGAAUUAACUAUAAUAAUGAGAUCUGUUGGAAUGAGUCCCACAAUUACAGAACUGAAAAAAUAUUUUAAAGAAAAAAAUGGAAAAAUAUCUUUUGCUGACUUUUUGGAAAUUAUGCAUGUACAUAGUCAGAAAGAAAACACUCCACAUGAAAUUUUAAUGGCCUUUAGAGCCAGUGAUAAAGGAAGAACCGGUCAAGUUCUAGCCAGAGAUUUACGUCGUAUCCUUAUCAACUGGGGUGAAAAACUCAGUCCAAGAGAAGUUGAUCAUAUUCUUCGAGAAGCAAACGUAACUCCUAAUGGAUAUGUAAAGUAUGAAGAUUUUAUUCGUGUUGUAUCUGCUCCGGUUCCAGAUUAUUACUGAAUGAAUAUUAUAGAAUUUAAUUAUACAGCUGUAUCUCUUAGGGUGAAUGGUUUUUUCAAUAUUUUUAUAUUAAAUCAAAUAUUUUAUAAAUUAUAAAAAGUUAAUUUAAAACAACAAAUGUGUGAUAGAUAAAAAUCAUUCCGUUGUUAAUUUU